AUGGAGGAAUUUCGAAUGGCAACAAUGAUUGACGGGGAGGCUUAUCUGGGACGUGUUAUGGUCCGGCCACUCAGCAAGCAGGGCGACGUUACUAUGUACCUGUGGCCACUGCGCUGCUUGAGGGGCAAGUUCGGUGGUCCUACCUUUGGUGUGGACGUUAACGGUGUGGAAAUUAUCCGCUUCGACCCCCAUGGUUCCCGUGGCCACUGGCACAAGGGCGGCUACGACAAGCUUGGCGCCGGCGGUUCCCACGUUGAUUUCCCAGAGGGCGUUAUGGAAAGCGAAGAUCAGGUCGAGUGGGCGUUGAAUCAGCUUCGCGAGCAGACCGGUAAUUACCUGACCGAGGCUGGAUAUGCUGAGGCCGCUGCCAACCUGGACCCGGAACUUCUUGGCGCCGCUGCCGACGCCGUCAUGGGUCACCUGGAAUCCCAGGGCGACCUGAGGGCCGACGCUAUCGCCAAAGAACUCAUCUCCGCAUAAACCUGCGAGAUGUUGCGUUCAAUUGCGGGGGCGAGUUACCACUCGCCCCCGCUCCUUUUAAGUCUACCGCUUAGCCAUGAGCGAACAAGGGCGCACAUAGUGCGCCCCUGUAAUCUCACAAUGGGGGAUGGCCGCGAAGGCUAACCGGCGCUAAUGCCCAACUCCGCCUGCAAGCCCCGGAUGGUCUCGGCACGGCUGCGACUAGGGACACGCUGCCGCAUACCUAUUGGCUCGUUCUCUACCUCCGGCACCACUUUGAUGGCGACGAAAACCGGGCCGGUAUCCUGCAUUAUUUGGUCCAGAUUGGUGACGAAGUCUUCCAGAUCCUCGAAGCUGUAGGCAGAGGAAUAACCGGCUUCUUUGGCCACUCCGGCAUAGUUAAUGUCUUGCGCGUUGGGGACCGGCUGCCCUCCGGUGGUAGCGUAGCACUCAUUGUCCAACAAAAUGUGACAGAAGUUUUGCGGCUGCUUGCCGGCGAUAGUAGCCAGUAUCCCCAGGUUCAUCAGCAGCGCGCCUUCGGAAUCGAACAGCACCACCUUUUCGUCGGGCAGUCCCAGGGCCAGUCCCAGGGCCGCCGAGGUGGUCUGGCCCAUUGCUCCACCCAGAUUGAGGUCCCGGUUCUCGUUGGUGCUGACUUCCCGCCAGUGGCGACCGGAAGUGCCGGUGGGAAUCACGAUAGCAUCGCCCCGGUGUUCCUGGAAUGCUCGGAAUACGUCCGUGGACUGAAUCAUUCUUUGCCUCCCUUAAGUGGUUAUAGCUUGCUCCGACUCCCAUCCCACCCUGGAAUGACGUACCCCGGCUGGCAGGGCGCAGGUGGAGCAAUAAUUUUUGCGAGGAGUUAUCCGCCUAGCGGUUGAACCCGUGGUAUUCGUCGCCCACCAGGAUAGCUACGGGCCGCUUGGUAGUCCGCGCCUCCUCGAAGGCUGUGGAGAUACGCUCAGCGUCGGCGUCCUGCUCCACCAGGUAGUAGUUGAUGCGAUAGGCGUUCAGGAACGGCUCGGUAUAGCGGGCCACCGAGUCGGUUAUUACGCCGUGGCGGUUCCAGCCACGAUAGCCUACCACCAUAACCAGUGGGAAACCGGAGUCCAGGGCCAUACCCCUGAUGGAGUCGCCCGAUUCCAUCAUGCCCGUGUUCUGAAUCAGGCACACCGGCUUCUUGCCGCCAAUUAUCAGCCCCAGGGCUAUGGCGAAUGUCUCACCUUCUCGGGAAGCAGGGACAAUGUCCAGCCAGGGCUGCUCCUUCAUCAACUCAUAAAGGUAGUUGGUCUCGCUGUCAGGAAUGGUCACCACAUGGGUGACACCGUUCUUCUUGAACUCCUCUAUCAGGUUUUCGGGGCUCAGGACCGCUGCCUGCUGUUCAACCAUGAAAGUCCUCCUCACGUAUGCUGUGAACCUGGCAGCCACGGUUUCCGCUGCCUGGGCAAAGGCCCGCUGCUGCCGUGGACUCCGCCCAUUAUAUUGACCCAUACCGACAGGGUCAAUUUUGUGAUUCCAAGCGAGAUAUUGAAUGGCCCAGUCGCCACGGAUGUGAUGUCACCUUGUUCCGAAGCCGGCGGUUGACCGCCCAUACCCACAGUGCUAGCCUACCCUUCAUUCACGGAGCCAAUCUCUUCAGCCAACCAGAGGGAGGUCCAGACAUGGCGGGAACGCUGGAACACAUAAGGGUAAUUGACUUUGGACAGUACAUUUCCGGGCCCUUGGCAGGGAUGUUGCUGGCUGACCAGGGCGCCGACGUUAUCCGGGUUGACCCACCCGGCGGACCCCGCUGGAAUACCCCGGCCAACUCGACGUGGAACCGGGGCAAGCGAAGCAUAACCCUGGACCUCAAGCAGGCCGAUGACUUGGCCACCGCUCAGUCCCUUAUACAGGGCGCCGAUGUGGUGGUCGAAAACUUCCGGCCCGGGACUAUGGACCGGUUGAGGCUGGGCCCCGAGGAGAUGACUCGGGCCAACCCCCGCCUGGUCUACUGCUCCAUUCCGGGAUUUGCGUCGGACGAUCCCAGGGCGGCCAUGCCGGCUUACGAAGGAGUGGUGGGAGCGGCGUCGGCCACCUUCCGACCGCCCAACGCCAGUAGCCCGCGUCCGGUUUACACGGCCAUUCCCAUCGCCUCGGUCUAUGGGGCCUUCCAGUCGGUGGUGGCCAUCGUCGUUGCCCUGAACGCCCGGGAGCGAGAUGGCUUGGGGCAGCGAAUUGAAAUCCCCCUUUUCGACAGCAUGUUCCAGUCCCUGGGGCGUUUCGGAGUGCGGGUGCACAACGCUCCGCCUUCGAUUCCGACACUGCAAGAGUUGUGGGGCGGCAUCUACCAGUGCAGCGACGGCGAGUACGUGCGAUUCGGCGGCUCUGGUAACCAGAACUUCCGGAAUUUUGUUGAAGCGGCCGGGAUUACAUCGUGGGAUGACGAGGGGCUUACCGACUUUGACCGUCCUCUGGACGGCCCCCAAUUCCGCGGCGAGGCACAGCAGCGGAUUCAGGCACUCUUCCUGACUCGUACCGCCCAGGAAUGGGAAGACCUGAUCGCCGAGGCGGGCAGCGAGGGGGCGGUCUGCCGCACCAGCGCCGAGUGGUUUGACCAUCCCCACACCCGCGCGGCCCAGAUGGUGGUGGAAUUAGACGACCCCGCCUACGGCAAGAUGCUGCAGCCGGGAAUCAACGCCCGCAUGUCGUUGACACCGGGCAGCGUGCGCGGCCCGGCUCCCACUCCCGACCAGCACCGGGGAGAAAUCCUCGCGGAGUUGAGGCCUCGUCCCGCUUCCGAGGCGCCGGUGCACCAGGACGCCAUGCGUUCCGCCCUUGACGGGGUGAAGGUGCUGGACCUGUGCAUUAUCCUGGCCGGCCCGACUAUGGGCCGGACGCUGGCCGAAUACGGGGCCAAUGUUAUCAAGAUAGAUAACCCCAGCCGCGGCUCCACCGUGGCCCGGCAUAACGACAUCAACCGGGGCAAGCGCAGUAUCCUGCUGGACCUGAAAUCUGAAGAGGGGCGCGACGUCUUCUGGAAGCUGCUGGAGGAUGCCGACGUGGUGGCCCAGAACUACCGGGCCGGCAGGCUGGAAAGGCUGGGCCUGGGGUACGAGGAAGUGCGAAAGCGCAAGCCCGACAUAAUCUACGCUUCAUUGAACGCUUACGGGCACAUCGGCCCCUGGGCGGAGCGUCCCGGUCACGAGGGCUUUGCCCAGGCCACUUCCGGGAUGACCCGUCGCUUCGGCGGCGACGGUAUGCCCGAGUCGCAGCCCAAUCCGGUGAACGACUACGGGACGGGUUUCAUGGGCGCCUACGGGGUGGCUCUUGCCCUGCUGCACCGGCAGCGCACCGGAGAGGGCCAGCAUAUAGACUCAGCCCUGGCCUACACCGCCAUGACGCUGCAAUCGCCCUUCAUGCAGCUUUACGAGGGCAAGCAGUGGAACGAGACCAG